AUGUAUAAGCACUUCUUCUCCCAUGUCGACGUGAAACCCGAGAACAUCAAUAUCCUCAACGGGAACGCACCUGACCUGGAAGUCGAAUGCCAUGACUACGAAGAGAAGAUCCAACGUGCUGGUGGCAUCGAGCUGUUCCUCGGCGGCAUCGGGCCAGAUGGACACAUUGCCUUCAACGAGCCUGGUUCCAGCCUCAAGUCUCGGACCCGCGUGAAGACUCUUGCAUACGAUACCAUUCUGGCCAACUCAAGGUUCUUCGGAAACAACCUCGACCAAGUGCCGAAGAUGGCGUUGACCGUGGGCGUGCAGACUGUUCUUGAUGCGCGCGAAGUCGUGAUCAUCAUCACAGGCGCGCACAAGGCCCUAGCUCUUCAGCGGUGCAUCGAAGGCGGCGUGAACCACAUGUGGACGCUGUCCAGUCUCCAGAUGCACCCGCACCCGAUGAUCGUUGUCGACGAAGACGCCACCCUAGAGCUGCAAGUCAAGACCGUCAAGUACUUCAAGAGCAUCGAGCGCGUAGGCUCCGAACUAGGCAUGCGCCAGAAGCUCCCCAGAAAGCGCGACUCGCUUGUGGACGAGGGGACCCUGCUAGCCCCUGACCAGCCAAACGGUAUCAGAUUGACUGUGCCGCAAGUUGAUCUCUCCCGUUCAGCAAGUCCCAUCCUGGAGCCAAUGAGCGCCCGCCUCUCCGACGACGAGGCAAGCGCUUUGCAAUUGCGUUCCAUGGAAUCGGAUUUGGACGAUGUCGCUGAUCAGCCCUCGGUCCGAAUGAGCGCUCGCGUCGCUAGCUAG